AUGGCCGCCAAUGUACCGAUUAUUUUGAACAACGGACGUACUUGUCCAGUGUUGGGACUGGGGACUUGGAAAUCCAAGCCCGGUGAAGUGGCGCAAGCAGUGAAGGAUGCCAUCGACGCCGGCUACCGACACAUCGACUGCGCCCACGUCUACAUGAACGAGAAGGAGGUGGGGCAGGCUUUGAAAGCAAAGUUCGAUGAAGGAGUCGUAAAAAGGGAAGAUAUUUUUAUCACAUCAAAACUAUGGUGCACCGCCCACCGUCCGGAUCUUGUGGAGGGUGCCAUUAAGACUACGGUUAGCAACCUGGGAUUGGAUUAUUUAGACUUGUAUUUGAUUCAUUGGCCUCAAGCUUUUAAGGAAGGAGAGGAACUAUUCCCAACAGGAGCUGAUGGCAAGGUCAUUCCGUCACCAGUAGACUUUGUCGACACUUACAAGGAGAUGGAGAAACUGGUAGAGAAGGGUCUCACAAGAAGUAUUGGACUUUCAAACUUCAAUAAGAAGCAGAUUGAAAGAGUUUUAGAAGUCGCUUCGAUAAAGCCGGCCAUGUUGCAGAUCGAAGUCCACCCAUAUCUAAACCAACAAAAACUGAUCGACUUCUGCAAGCUCCAUGACAUAGCGAUCACAGCAUACUCUCCACUUGGCUCCCCUGACAGACCCUGGGCCAAACCUGACGAUGUGAAGUUAUUGGACGACCCAAAACUCAAGGCUAUCGGUGAUAAAUACGGAAAGAGUUCCGCUCAAGUCCUUAUCAGAUACGCUAUCGACCGCGGCCUCGUGGUCAUCCCUAAAUCGGUCUCAAAGAACCGGAUCGUACAAAACUUCAACGUGUUUGAUUUCCAACUGACCCUCGAUGACAUAAUGGAGAUAUCUUCCCUUGAGUGCAACGGCAGAAUCUGUUCCAUGGGAGACACACAUCAUCCAGAUUACCCAUUCCAUGACGAAUACUGA